AUGUUUCCAGAGAUCCUUUUCGCCAAUCCCAAUUUUGGCCAUACCUUAGCUGUUUGCCUCGACACAGCUCUUCACAUAUUUUGCCACUUGAAAACAGUUGGUAGUGAGGGGAAGAUGCUGCUAUUCCGGUGGUUAAGUAAUUCAUGUCGGGUCUAUACUCGUCCUAUCAUUUUACUGGUGGCCCUGGCCUUCAUAGCUAUCAUUACUUUAUUACUUUGGAAAAAUUUCUAUUAUCACUGUUGGCAGAUGGAUUUUGAUUUAGAUUCAAAUCUAUUGUAUUUAAAACCAGUAGCCAAUGCGCAACCACCAAAACCUAUCAAUCACAAAGUGGCAAAAAGUUCCUGGUCUUGGUUAAAUGGUACUAACUUGUCAGACAACAUUACUCUUGUAACUGCCUACUUUGAAUUGGGCAGUUUCAAAAAAGGCCUACUCAAUGUCAUCACACCUACAAAGUACAAGAAAUGGAUGUCAGUCUAUGCUCGUAUUCUUAACCCCCUUGUCAUAUACACUGACUCUGAGGAUGUAUAUAAACAGUUUCAACAACUCCGUGCGCAACAUUCCACUCAACACAUCACAAAACUGAUACUCAUCAGAAAAGAAAAACUGUGGGCUUUCCAAAUAAAAUCCCAAAUUGACAGCAUCUUUCAGCAAGAUGGCUACCCAACAUUUUCUCCAAAUACAGUGAAUGCAGAAUAUUCUUGCAUCAUGCAUGCUAAGUUUGAACUACUGCAGCAGUCUAUUGAUAAUAACUAUUUCCUUACCAAAUAUUUCAUGUGGAUUGAUAUUGGUUAUUUCAGAUAUGAAACUGAAAAAAACAAUCUCUUUGGCUUGUCUGUUCCUCAACGAUUUGAUGAAAACAGUGUGGCCUACAGUGAAGUCUGUGAUUUCCAGAAUUAUUCUUUUAAAGACAUUGUAUGGAAUAAUCGGGUAUGGGUGGCAGGUGGUGCCAACUUGGGCCGCUUUGAUGUUCUGACAACAUUUUGUAAAGAAUACAUAAAUCGAGUGAAAAAGGCUUUAGAAGAACGCAUCAUAAGCACAGAUCAACAAAUCAUCUAUGCCAUGUACACAGACAAAGAGAAACCGUCCUCCAAUCUACAGUUGUGUAUUGCUGGCUGGUUUUGUUUGGGUUAUCUGUCAAUCAGGUCUUGGCAAAACCAAAAUCCAAAAUUUAAUAACACUUCUUGA